AUGAUUCUAAUCCCAGCAACCUCGAAGCAUCGACAAAUGAUUGUUACAGUCGAUGGAUACUAUGUUCAAGAUGAUGAGAGCACUUGGAACUGGAGGCUGCGGAACGACGGCCCUUCCGCCGCUCCGUGCUACAUGCAUAUCUUAUACAUAGCCGCCACAUUUUGUAUAUUCCAACCGCACCGGUGCUCGAGGGUAAAAUUGUUCACGUCUCUCCUCGGGAUCAAGCUGUAUCUGCAAAGCUGUACGAAUGAUUUGAAAGCUGAUCGAAGGACCCCGCAGGAGCAGCUCGCGCUAUUUUUGCCGCAUCCUUCAGCGGUGAUUUCCGAUGGGCGCUUGCUGGAGGAUACAAACAUGUAUGUAUACGCUUUAAUACGCGUGGAAUAUUGCGCGUGGAGUGAAGGUGGUCGAGUGGACUGGCUGAUGUUUGUCAUACAUAUUCCGAUCAGGCUCGAUCCCGAUGGACAGAUGGUGACAGGUUUGGCGAAAAUGGCGCUUCCGGCUGCUUCCGAAUGCGCCUUCCGCGGUUAUGUUAUCUCAUCCUCUGGGACUCUGCAUUAUAGCCGUGAACGGGGCAGUGUACAACGUAUCGUCCAGGAGCCACAAGAUAUCCAUCUUCUCGCUUCCGCCCAUUUCCCCCGACAUAUCCUCGCCCAAGCUCAACUGACGCCUUCUUCCCAAACUUAA